CAAUUUUUGAGUACUAUUACCCCACUUGACACAACUGGAAAUUUGACCAAGAUAUUUUCUUUAUCCUUGUUCCUCAUAUCUCCCAUAACCAUCAGUUUUUUUAGCUUCCCUGUUUCCAGAUGACCUGAGAAAUUAUGGCUACAUCAGUUGCAGCUGUUGAAAGCACGGGAUCCUUAAGUAGUGAUCUAUUCUAUGACAUACUUAGGCGUCUUGAUGGUGCAACCUUGGCUAGUGCCGCCUGUGCCUGCGAGGCGUUCUGCUCGAUAUCUAAGGAAGAGAAGCUAUGGGAAAAUGUUUGCUCUUCUAUGUGGCCUUCAACCAACAGGGAUGACGUCAAAAGUUUAAUAUCUUCUAUUGGUGGAUUUAAAAAAUUCUAUGCUGAUUGCUUCCCCCUUAUUGUGAUCAAAGAAGUGCCUGAAUUUCGAUGGAAUGAAUAUCUCGAGUAUCCUGAAGAAUUGACCGAAGCAGAAUACUACGGUGACAUGGAUGAAUGUGAAAUUGUUGCUCCAUCAGAUUUUGUCUCUAUUGUCGAUAUAAGAUACAAUGAUAAAACAAUAUGCUCAAAAAUCCUUUGGGGAAUCCCUAAUGCAAAUGGGUUCCCACGUUGGUUUUUCAGCUGUCCAUUUCGAAUCGAUCUUUUCACGUACCCUACUAGAGAUGAUGAACAUGCAGGUGAAGAUGAACAUGCAGGUGAAGAAGUUACUCUAUCAGUUUCUGAUGGGUUGCCUCCAAUUACAUCGAUGGAGAAAGAAAGGAAAGAUGGUAAGCUCUGGCAAGAACUCAGGAACGGAAUACGCCUCAGUUGGAUCGUUGUGAAUACCAAAAUAAAACAAGCUGCUAAUCUCUCGAGCUGGAGUCCCCUUGAAGGCAAAAGACAUUGGCCAACAGAUAAGGACUUUUUGCUUCGUUUCGGUUCAGUUCUUCCUGCAAAGGACAUUCUUCCUUGUCAAGCUGUGGAGUGUAUCGUCCUGAUGAAGUUCAGAGUGAUUUAUACAGAAGAGGGAGGUGUACCCACAACUCUAAAACUGACAGAACUAAGUAUGCAAUUGGGGGACAUGGAAGGUGCUCAUCUAAAUGGUAGAAACAGUUUGCUUGUUCUCAAGGAAGCGUUGAGCUGUAAAAGGAGCAAGAAUUACAACGAGGCGCUCGAAUCAUGUCAACUGUAUUCAAAGGUGCAAAGUGAGCUAAGGGAGGAGAAAAUGAGAAAUGAGAGCAGGUUAGAUAGGCUUUAUAUAUUAGGAGGCGUUAUGACCUGCAUCACGGUUUGUUUCUAUUUGUGGUGACUCGAGUUUUUAUGUUUUCCUUUUCUCAAUGUCGUUUAUGUGUGUAUUUUUGGUCAUCUAGACAGUUCUUUCCACCCUGAUGUUAAUGUAAAUGCAAUUUUGACCAGCAAAUGACCUGCUGAUUUUUCCAA